AUGGUGAAGAUGGCGAAGCGCGAGGCCUCUAGGUCCAAGAACGGCCGAGAUUCGCUGGCAGGAGUACGCCGCCGAGCAGCGAUCUCAGCUGCGAACGGCGGCGAGGAGGGCGCGUCGUCGGACACCUGGGGGGGCAUCCUGACGAGCCCCGAGGAGGUCGAGCGACUCGACGAGCUGAUGAUCGCGGAGGAGAUGCCCGAGGACGAGAAGAGCUUGUGCAACCAGGGCCUUCUUCCCCUGGGCACCUUCCUGCAGCGCUGGAUGGGGAAGAAGGCCGUCGAGAACAACGAGCUCCUCGAGCAGAGGCAGCGGAAGUUGAAGGAGUUUGUGGACACCCACGGCUCCGCCGACCCGCGGGCGCCCGCGCCCCCGCCGAAGCCGCCGCCUCGGGCGUCGAGGCCGCCCCCUGCCAAGUUGAGCUCGGCUCCGGAGCUGGACCGCGGCCUCAUCCUCGCGGCGGGCGGGCGCGCGCCGGCAAAGCCCCCGCCGCCCCCGCUGCCGCCCUGCGUCGCGGAGCUGGCCCCCAAGCGCUACGCCGAGCCUGGAAUGGCGAUGUCCGAGAUGCAGGAGACCCUCUCGAGCGCCGCGUCCGCG